UUACACUCCCUCUCAGACUUUAUCUGGUUUGCCCUGCAAGAGGAUCGCCCUCGUUUUACUCUGACGACGGGAUAAGGCAAGAGAGAGACAUGGCUUUCCUGCACAGCAUUUUCUUCUGCGUUGCUGUCGCUAUUUUUCUCCAGACUUUGCAAGUAUGGGCGAAGGUGGACGUCACCAUGGAGGAGGCUGUGGAGGUGCACGUGGGAGAAAGAGUGGAGAUUCCCUGCAUUUACUCCAUCACUGAGGAGUCCAGCACCGCGAUGGUCCAGUGGUUCGUGAAACGUGCGGGCAGCAGCAAACGGGAGCGGAUCUACUAUGGGGACGAAGGCACGCAGUUUGUGGACGUGGACACGGACUUCACGGACCGGAUCAGCGUCAGCCCGGCGGACGAGCGCGGCGAGAUGGUGCUGACCGUGCACAAGGUGGAGCUGGGGGACGAACGCGAGUUCAUCUGCCAGGUCAACGGCAUGUCGGCCGGCAACGCCGAGGCCAAGACCCAGCUCAAGGUUUUCGAUCCCCCAGAAGCCCCUGUCAUUGAAGGAGUCCACUCUGGGAUUGCUGUGACCAACGCUCACCCGUCAAAGAUUGCGUCUUGUGAAGCCAGGAACGGCUACCCCAGACCCAACAUCACGUGGUACCGCAACCAAACCCCAUUGGUCCCCUUGAACGGCAAGAUUAACGUGGUCACCCUGAUGACUCGGGAGUCCAGUGGCCUGUACACCAUCCAGAGUGAGCUGCACUACAAGGUGGUUAAGGAGGACAGGGAUGCGCUGUUCCACUGCGCGGUCGCCUACGCCGUCCCCGCAGCCGUGGGGACGGCUGAGUCCAAGAGCAUCAACAUCACCGUGCACUACCCGACAGAAGUCGUGGAGCUUUGGACGGAGUCCCCCAGGGGGCUGGUGAAAGAGGGGGAUACUGUGGAAAUCCGUUGCCGGGGCGAUGGGUACCCCCCGCCACCUUUUACUUUCACCCGAGAGCAACAGCCGGACGUGGAUCUGGGCUCCUCUCAAGACCAGUUGGUCCUGAAGGACGUGACACGAGCCGACAGCGGGAUCUACAAGUGCCACUCCCUGGACCUGGAGACCUAUGCUGAGGCCACGGGCCAGAUGCGGCUGACUGUCCACUACCUGGACCCUGCUGUGGUGGUGCCCAGAGACACAGAGAUCCUGCUGAAGGGGGAGAGCCUGACAGCCACCUGCACCGCCCAGUGCUCUGCAGCCACCGCCACCGUCUGGUUCAAGGAUGGGGAGCGCGUGGCGCAGGGUCACGAGCUGUUCCUGCAGGACGUCUCGUUCGACGCCAUGGGGGAGUACGUGUGUCAGGUGACGGCGCCCUCUCUGCCCGGCCUGCAGACCAACGGUUCAGUGAGCAUCGUCGUUCAGGGGGCCCCUGAGUUGAAGGGCCUGGACUGGCAUGCGGAGCUGGAAGAGGACGUGGAUAAGUGGGUGAACCUCUCCUGCGAAGCUGAAGGAUAUCCCGAACCAACCAUCACCUGGACCGUCACAGGAAGUCAGACCUGGCAUGAGAAGUCGCACAAGGCGACUGAGAACACUGUCCACAGUUCAGUGGCCAUCAAGCUGGCCUCCGACACCACAGCGUCCUGUAACGCCACCAAUAUGAUGGGAGCAGAGCCCAGGUUCUUCAGCAUCAAAGCCAUUCCAAUGGCCACGUCUCCUGCCGCCAGCACUGCAGUCACAGUAAGGGUGACGCCACCGCGGAGAGUCCAAAAAGAGGGCAACGGCGUGAUCAUCAUUGUCAUCAUCGUCUGCAUCCUCCUCCUGGCGAUCCUGGGCAGUGUGCUCUACUUCCUGUACAAAAAAGGCAAAAUUCCCUGCGGGCGGUCUGGCAAACAGGAAAUCACCAAGGAGAAGACCGGUAAAGACGACAUUGUUGUAGAAAUGAAGUCAGACAAGACCGAGGAGGCGGUCCUUCUAAAGGGAAUCAAUGGUGGUGACAAGAAGGCCCAUAACGACCAGUGAGAAGUGCACUGACCUGUGGGAUGGAGGAGGCCAACAGCAGAGCCCUGAAAAGCCCUUCCUGCUCUGCUCAGCUCCACUUUGCCCGGGGAGCUUGUCCCAGAAAGAAACUCUCUUCUCAGUAUUUAAGAAUCUGUCCAAAAUCCAAUUUAAUAAUGCCUCCAGCUUGAUAUCUUCUGGAUUAUUUUCCUGCUUUUGGUCUGCAUUUUUGGACAGAGAAUGCC